AUGUCUGGCACCUUAGAACAUACUGCACAAAUGGCCAAUAUAAUCAAUAAAGCCCGAAUCAAACAACGCUCACUAGUCAUCACCCUACCUGACCUCAAGAAUGCUUUUGGUGAAGUUCAUCAUAAUCUGAUCACAUCCGUACUUGAUUACCACCAUAUCCUUGAACAUGUUAAAUUGAUAAUUAAACGUCUAUAUACCGAUUUAAAAACUUCAAUAAUUACAUCUGAAUUCCGUACCCCCUUCAUACCAGUUCGCCGUGGAGUAUUGCAAGGUGAUUGCCUGAGUCCUCUUCUCUUCAACAUGUGUUUCAACACCUUUAUACAACACAUAAAAACAGAUAAAUAUCGUCAAUUCGGCUUCUCCUUACAGUUUAUAAAUCCCAUCCACUGGUUUCAGUUUGCUGAUGAUGCCGCCGUCAUAAGUAGUCAAGAAUCCGAAAAUCAACAUCUUCUAAACCGAUUCUCCAUUUGGUGCCAAUGGUCCAACAUGAUUAUUCGGGUUGAUAAAUGUAGUACCUUUGGCAUCAAAAAAGCUCUAACAAAAUCAAUCCAAUACUUGCCUAAACUACUUAUUAACAAGCAACUAAUUCCAAAGAUCAAUAUCGGUGCGGCUUUUCAAUACUUAGGAAGAUACUUUAGUUUUAAUAUGUCAGACGAACACCACAAGUCUGAACUAAUCUCACUCGUUGAAGAACUAAUGGCAGAUAUUGAUUCCAAACCAUUACAUCCAAAAAAUAAAAUCCUCCUCUACAGUCGAUAUCUUCUGUCCAAAUUAUCCUGGCAUUUUACAGUUUCUAGCGUCUCGAAAACGUGGGUCACCGAAAACAUUGAUUCCAAAGUCAACAGUUAUAUCCGUAAAUGGCUUGAUAUACCUAUAUCUGGAACGCUAAGCACUGUUUUCCUAACCCGCAACAAGUUUGGCCUCAGUAUUUGUCCCCCAUCUGUCAAAUUUAUUCAAUGUCAAACUGUUCUCCGUAAAGCCCUAAAAACAUCCCCAAACGAAGCAAUUAACGAUCUUUGGAAAGCAACUAGCAACAGCAAAAAUAUUCAGUAUGACGUUUAUAACUCCACUAAGCAAGUUCUUAAGGACUUUCGCUCUGGACAAGAGGAUAAACUGCAUACUCAACCUGUCAAGGCUCUUUCUUCACUAAUAUAA